CUCAGGAGCGCUGGGUUCAACCAAGAACAUUCAGAAACAGGGACGAGGCCAAGAUACGAGAUUGAACUCAAUUCCGCCCUAUACUAUACCAACACCACAGCAAACGGCUCGCGAAUAGCUUCCUCUCAAUCGUUAAAUUACCAGUCACUCGUUUGGUAGACGAACUGCUUAAUUCCUUCACGAUGCGUCUCUCGACGGCAGCUCUCCUCGCUUUGUCGCUACCCUUUUCACUCGCGAUACCAAUUGUAACGGCUCCUACCACGAACGCAGCUGGGACCGCCUUCACAGUUAGCAUCACAGAUUCUGGGGCUGCUCCGCUACUCACGAGUCUUGCGGGUUAUCAGUUACAGUUGUUUGCCGGUAAUGAUGCGACCAGAGCUGUUGUAUGGACUGAUCCAGUACCCGGGACCUUCCCAGCUGGAACGACCAAAACUGUUACCAUCCCAGCUGCCAUCGGUGGAAUUGCACCAAAUGCAUAGUAAUACUUCUUAGACACAAGUAUAUCGUUCAGUUACUGACAUAUCAUAGCUUUUUCGGUGUGUUGGCGACGGCCACCUCUGGUGGAACUAUCACAACCUUCUCGAACCGCUUCUCUAUGUCAGGCAUGACUGGAACGUUUCCCGCAAAUGUGGUUACAGCUGGAAUUACCUCGACUGCGGGUCCACCACCAGUCAACGCCAUUGCGGCUGCUCCUCAGGACAACCAGCCAAUUCGAGAGGGUGUCUCCUCCGAUUUUGCAAUUCCAUAUACCAUGCAGACGGGAACUGUUAGAUACGCGCCCAUGCAACCAAUCCCACCCACCAAAAUUACUGCUACAAACACCAAUCCUCUAUGGCCAACCUCCGCUGUGCAAUUCGCUGCUACUUUCAUGCCAAUCCCAACCAUUGUUACCACCAAGACACAAGCAGCUACCUUCAGUGUGUCAAGUCACGCCAAUCCCGUAAGUUCCACUAUCGAAAAGAAGAAAUCAAAUGCUGAAUACUUUUCUUCCCCAGGUCCCUGCAUCUACACCCCCUGCAAACGACAUGCAAAAGUUUUUGAACCGCUGGAAGGAUUAA